GGAGGUGUAAUUCUCAGAAGCAUCCAAUCAGUUGCUUGGAUCACCCAAUCAGUGUGAUUUUUGGGCUGUGCCCCCAUAUGUCAUAGGGCCCAACAAUGGAAGGUCUGGAAAUGCCUUGUUGACUGAGAUUGAAUUCAUGAUAACUAAGAUCUUAGCAUGCAGCACCAGAUACUCAUUCUGGUUUUGUUUUCUUUACAUGCUUCUUUCUUGUGUUGCAGGCACCAUUGUUCCAAUGCUUGAAGCUGUGAUGGCUGUUGUCCCUGUUGAGAAGCUUGCUGUACAUUUCCAUGACACAUAUGGGCAAUCUCUUUCAAAUAUUCUUGUUUCCCUCCUAAUGGGAAUCAGCACCUUGGACUCGUCUGUUUCUGGCCUUGGAGGGUGCCCAUAUGCCAAGGGUGCCUCUGGCAAUGUGGCUACUGAGGACGUUGUGUAUAUGCUCCAUGGGCUCGGUGUAAAGACCAAUGUGGAUCUUGGCAAGCUCAUGUCGGCUGGAGACUUCAUCUGCAAGCAUUUGGGACGUCAGUCGGAUUCAAAAACAGCCAUUGCUUUGAGCAGAACUAUGGCGAAUGCCUCCAAGUUAUAAAGAUUAAUAAAAUAAAGAGAAUGAAUAAACAACAUAUCCAAAGUGAAGUGUUUUUCAUCUGCAAACUGCCAACAGAAACAUCAUAAUCAACAGCAACAGCAGCAGUAGAAUUGCAUAGGCAGUGUACACACAAAAUCAACCUACAGGACGAAGGAAGCAAACAACAGCAACACUAGCAAAUCCACAUUAAACAGGGAAAUGGGUUUUCAACGGUGUCAAUCACCACUCAUAAGUCUAUCUUAUAAGGUGAAAUACCAACAACAAUCUUUCAGAGCAAAAAGAAAUUACAAGUGUUGUUUGAAUUAUCUAUGAUAUUAUCGUUAUCUUUAGCUUGGCGAUACCGAUAACACUGGUAGCGAUGCUGAUAACACCAGUAGUAUUAGAAAUUCCAGCAUCAGCAAUGCAUCGCUAAGUAUUGUCAACGUAUUGUUAUCGCCAAUAUUUUCAAUUGUGUAAA